AUGAAGUCUCUCAACUUGUCUUUCCUCGAGUUCUCGUCGCCAUGUCGUCUAUUUUUCACAUGUGUAGUGGUGCUUUUGCCGUUCAUUAGCCUAGUCUCUUCAGUUAAUAAUGGGACGGACAAGCUCGCAUUGCUUGCAUUCAAGGCCACGAUAACUGAGGAUCCUUACGGGGUGCUGAGUUCAUGGAACCAUACGGCGGACCAUUGUCAGUGGUAUGGUGUCAGGUGCGGUCGCCUCCACCACAGAGUAACGGGACUAGACCUACAAGACAGAAAGCUUUUUGGAUCCAUCUCUCCUCACAUUGGAAACUUGAGCUUCUUGAGAGUCCUGAUGCUAAACAACAAUAGUUUCCACGACAAAAUCCCGCAACAAGUCAGCCAUUUGCACAGGUUACGUGUCUUGCAAUUAUUCUACAACACAUUGGAAGGCGAAAUCCCAAGAAACCUGUCGGGUUGCGCUCGCCUUACACAGCUCCGCCUAGGUUUCAACCGGCUGGUCGGAGAAAUUCCCGUUGAAUUUGGUUCUUUGCUGGAGCUUCAGUAUCUCACUUUACCUGAGAACCAUCUAAUGGGAACUGUUCCUUCAUCCAUCGGAAACAUGUCAUCAUUAGAGUUUCUCAGUCUCUCUAAUAAUGAAUUAAGUGGGAAGAUACCCUCAGCUCUUAGAAAACUAACCAAACUCAUAGUGCUUGCUGUAGCACGAAAUAGGUUGUCUGGCUCAAUUCCUCCAUCUAUCUUCAAUCUUUCUUCUGUGAUGCUGUUCGACAUCGGUGAAAACCAAAUAGAAGGGACUCUUCCUGCCAAUAUAGGCUUCACUCUUCCAAACAUUGAGAUUUUCAGCAUUUACUCUAACCGAUUCACUGGAGCGAUUCCUUGGUCAAUAUCUAAUGCAACCACUUUAGAGUUGCUACAAGCGCAAUUUGAACGAGCUUUCGGGGAACAUGCCUCCUUUGGACCGCUUAAACAAGCUCCGAGCAUGGAACUUUCGAUUCUAAUUAUUUGGGGAGUGGAGGAUACGAUGAUUUGA